AUGGCGCGCCUCUCCGGGUGUCUGACCCUAGUCACUCUUUUUACUUCUCUUACUGCCGCUGCGUCGCCGUUGGCAGACUAUCCUUUGAUCGCGAGAGAUUCGAAUGAUGGAUACGCUUCUAUUCCGUAUUACCCUGCGCCGAAGGGCGGAUGGGUCUCGACCUGGUCCGAUGCGUAUGAGAAGGCGCAACAGGUUGUCAGCAAUAUGACUCUGGCCGAAAAAGUGAACCUCACUACCGGUACGGGUAUCUAUAUGGGCCCUUGUUCAGGGCAGACCGGUAGUGCGCCGCGAUUCGGAAUUCCCAAUCUCUGCUUCCAGGAUUCCGCGCUGGGCGUUGCCUCGACCGACCAUAUUACAUACUUCCCCGCCGGCAUCACCGUCGGAGCUACCUUUGACAAGGACCUCAUGCAUGCGCGCGGUGUCGCGCUAGGCGAGGAGUCGCGUGGAAAGGGUGUCAAUGUGCAAUUAGGGCCGGUUGUUGGACCGCUGGGUCGGAAACCGAAGGCUGGUCGGAACUGGGAAGGAUUUGGAGCGGAUCCUGUUCUUCAGGCCAUUGGUGGUGCACAGACGAUAAAGGGUAUGCAAAGCACGGGAUCCAUCGCUUGUCUGAAGCAUUUCAUUGCCAAUGAACAGGAGAUGCAUCGGAUGACUAGUGUUGUCACGAAGGCGUAUUCUUCGAAUUUGGACGACCGUACAAUGCACGAGUUGUACUUGUGGCCGUUUGCAGAGGGCGUCAGGGCUGGCGUGGGAUCCGUUAUGGUUGCUUAUAAUGAUGUGAACCAAUCCGCUUCUAGCCAAAACAGCAAAUUGCUUAAUGGCAUUCUCAAGGACGAGCUUGGAUUCCAUGGCUUUGUGCUUACGGAUUGGUUGGCGCAUCAGUCUGGUGUCCAAAGUGCUUUGAGUGGAUUAGAUAUGUCCAUGCCAGGAGACGGAUCCAUUCCCUUGUUCGGCGACAGUUUCUGGGGACCGAAACUGUCAGAGGCGGUCCUCAAUGCAAGUCUUCCAGUUGACCGUCUGAAUGACAUGGUCACUCGAAUCGUCGCAACAUGGUACAAGCACGGACAAGACAAGGAUUACCCGCUCCCCAACUUCUCCAGCAACACCGGAAACGAAAAGGGACUUUUAUAUCCAGGCGCUGUCCUCUCGCCCAGCGGCGUCGUGAACAAGUUCAUUGAUGUGCAAGCCAACCACAACGCUACUGCCAGAGCGAUUGCCAGGGAUGCCAUCACACUGUUGAAGAACGAAGACCAGGUGCUUCCCUUGCGACGGAACGACUCGUUGAAGGUAUUCGGAACCGACGCCGGGCCGAACUCGAACGGUCUAAAUUCCUGCGGUAGCAUGGCUUGUGAUAAUGGCGUUCUCGUUUCCGGAUGGGGUAGUGGCACGGCCAAACUCCCGUAUCUGGUUACUCCCCAGGAGGCCAUUGCCAAUGUCUCCUCCAAUGCGGAGUUCCACAUCACGGAUUCUUUCCCCUCCGACGUAACGGCAAGCCCUGACGACAUCGCGCUUGUGUUCAUCAACGCCGACUCUGGUGAAAACUUCCUCAUCGUCGAAGGCAACCGAGGAGAUCGUAAUGUUGCAGGUCUAAAUGCGUGGCAUCAUGGAGACGACCUUGUCAAAUCUGCAGCAGACAAAUUCUCCAAGGUCAUUGUGGUCAUUCACAGCGUCGGGCCUAUCCUAAUGGAAGAAUGGAUCGAGCUUGACUCCAUCAAAGCAGUUGUCCUCGCUCAUCUCCCCGGCCAGGAAGCCGGCUAUUCCUUGACGGAUAUCUUGUUCGGUGACUACAGCCCCAGUGGUCACCUGCCAUACACAAUCGCCCGCAAAGAGUCGGAUUAUGGCUCCAGCGUGGGCCUAAUCGACAAGCCAUUCGUUCAGAUCCAAGAUAACUUCAAAGAAGGCCUAUACAUCGACUACCGCCACUUCCUCAAAGCAAAUGUCACCCCGCGCUACCCAUUCGGUCACGGCCUAUCCUACACGACCUUCAACAUGACCGCGACUAUCUCCGUGGUCACCCCACUAGACAGCGCAUACCCCUCACCCCGUCCCAGCAAAGGCGCUACCCCAACCUACUCCAACAAAAUCCCACCGGCAUCAGAGGUCGCCUGGCCAAAGGAUUUCAACCGCAUUUGGCGCUAUCUCUACCCUUAUCUCGAUCACCCAGAGAGCGCCGCAGCAAAUUCAUCCAAGCCCUACCCCUACCCAUCCGGCUACACGACAACCCCGCAACCAGCCCCUCGCGCCGGCGGCGCAGAAGGCGGAAACCCAGCGCUCUGGGACGUCGCGUUCUCUGUACAAGUCAAGAUCACAAACACCGGUUCUCGAGACGGUCGUGCCGUGCCGCAGCUAUACGUCGAAUUACCAUCUAGCCUGGGCCUCGAGACACCGCGACUGCAACUGCGUCAAUUUGAAAAGACCAAGAUUCUGAGACCGGGGGAGAACGAGACUGUUACGUUGCAUGUUACAAGGAAGGAUCUGAGUGUUUGGGACGUGGUAGUGCAGGAUUGGAAGGCGCCGGAGAAUGGGGAGGGGGUUAAGAUUUGGGUUGGUGAGAGUGUUGCUGAUAUGCGUGCUGUUUGUGAGGUUGGGGAGGAGUGCGAGGUGCUUGGUUGA